CUGUCCGUUUCUACUUACUUGUGCUCGCGUCCGUACCUGCUGGAAACCAUUACAUGUUCACCAUGCACCAACUGGCCCGGCAAUCUACUCUACUAAAACGUUUACAAAACUGCUUCAGAUUCCACUUUUGUCGUUCGCCGUUACGGAAUCUUCACGUUCGCUACCACGGAACGCCGUCACACCUGGUUUCCACGGAUAUUGAAAUACCGGAGCUUCUUCGUCCACUGUCGUCGCUGGACCUGCGACGCAUCGUCGCACGUGGCCAGCCGCGUUCCUGACGUGUCAUCUGGUUCAGAUCACAUUCGGGAAGCGUAAGUGCCAUUGGCUGCCUGACGGACGCGGAAACUACAAGAGCUGCUACUGGCUCCUAGCUUCACUUCGACAGCAGCGGCAGCAGCGAGCGCCCACACUUACGCUGUGAUUACUACACAGGGGUCUACGUAUGGGUCAUCACGGCUGGCAUCGUCACUGGCGCCUUGCUGCUGGGCCUGGUCGUCUGGCUCGUGGUGUUCCGGCUGCGCAGGGCUAAGCGCAACAGCGAGUCGGCCGAGCCGCCGCUGCUUACGCGGGAACCAUGGCAUCGAAAAUCAAUGCUGUCGCAGCCUCUGGCCGGCGUGCUGCCGACCAAGUCCGGCGGGCUCGACCUGGGCCCGGCGCCACCGCUGCUGACGCCCGAGUCGUUCGACGUGCAGCCGGCCCAGCUGACCGUGGCCGAGCCGGUACAGCCUCUGGCGCGGCCGGGCUUUGUGCGCUGGAACUCCUUCUGCUCCCCUUCGGCCGAGGGCCUCGUCGGAAACCUAAUGCCCAAGGGUUGCAACGUCGGUUCUAGUAAUCCUGACCAAACACGCACCUAUCAGUUUUGGGUUCAACACGGCUUUUGCCGCUCCCCACGCUCCCGCGGCCGCCUUUUCAUGCACAUCUGUGCACCCGGCUUGGAAAGGCUCGGCGAAGCGCAAAAGCAGUGCCUGCGUUACAGCUGGUCUGAUGACGAAGACGCUACGGUACCGAGAUGCACAAACGGCAGGCUGUGGUUCAGCCUAAACUACAAACCUGAAAGCGAGGAACUGGACGUCAACGUUAUAAAGGCCAAAUAUCUUCCAGGGCGAGGCCUCACAAACACUCCUCGAGAUCCAUUUGUCCGGGCUUACCUGUUGCCAGAUGAAGAUACUUUCCAGCAGAGCACCGUCAAGACGCGGACGCUGGCACCAAAAUUUAACGAAACCCUCACAUUCAAGAUUUCGGAGGGUGAAGCGCGCACGCGAUCGCUGCGGCUUUCCGUCUACGACAUCGAUCGCAAGAAAGUGCGCCACUGUUUGGGCCACGUCACACUGCAACUGGAGAAGGAACCACUCACCCCGGAUAAGGUCAUCUGGCUGGACCUGGACAAUGUGCCCAAGAAGAGUUCUCAGAUUGGGGAGAUCCAGAUAUGCAUGACUUGCAACCCAUUCACCAACCGCAUCAGGGCGUCUAUUCUCAAAGUGCGGAAGUUUUCAAAGAAGGAUGAUGCCAGCAAGUGGGUGUAUGUGAGGCUGUCGCUGAACCACGGUCGCAAGUGCGUCAAGGAGAAGCGGUCCGAGAACCGCGAGUGGGGCACCGGUGACGAAGCGAGCUUCGGGGAUGCGUUCACGUUUGGCGUGGCCGGCCGCUACUUCGACUCGUGCAGCCUCAGCUUCACGGUCAUGGUGUCACCUGACGGCGCCGACUUCCGGCGGCUGGGCAAGACGGUCCUCGGGCCCUUCAUGUACGCUCGCGGCGAGGAGCUUCGGCACUGGCAGGACAUGCUCACUAACCCGCGCAGCGCCGUAACCCGGUGGCAUGCGCUCGAGUGCCCCACGGGCCGCGACGAGUGGAAGAGCGACUAAGAGGCCUCUCGAGGCUCCGAUUCUUUCGUCACGCCGGCUACACCAGCGAGAGGGAGGUUCUACGACGCAAGCAACCAAGUUGGAAGGGGAGAGCACCUGGCAGCAUGUGGAGAGAUGCCAAGAAGCUCCGGUCUGGGACUCUGGCUUCGACGCCUGAGAGUUUGUCCGAGCCUCCGAUUCGAGGCGAGCUCGUCGAUUUCCAAAGGCCUCCGUUAUCGUCUGGCAUGAGCCACGACCUAAAUGCCCAAGCAAAAUCUGCUACACGCCAAGCAUGGCGCGAUGUUAUAAGAGUCCUUCUUUAUUUUUAUUUUCAUUUUUGUCCUUCUUGUUUCCCAUCUGAACCACAGGCAGGCACUGCAGUCUACUGGGCAACUGAACGCAAAGAUAGGCGAAGACUGGCACCAAGGGCGCCUGUUUUCGCAAAUUUUUGCGGGCUUGUCAUCCGUGCAAACACAAUAAAUGGAAAUGAAAGGGUGCUACUGUAGACAAAAUCCUUAUAAUAAUGGUCCAGUUUGGAGUUUUGUUCCACUGGUAAUCUGUAAACAUUUCUUAAUCGGGAAAAUAAACUGCUUUUCGGGACUUCCGCAGGCUACGUACGCGCCAGUACACAAAACAGGGUUUGCAUUUUUAAUGUGGCCGUCUCUAACAAUACGACAGAAACAUUUUCUUAAAAAAAAAAAUUGCGGCGUCGGGUCAGGAUGCACUCUACAAGGUUACUGUAGUUUGGGCACUAAUACCGGCGAAAUUUGCUCUGCGACUUGCGUUGAGUUCUUUACAACCAGAGAACAGCAAUACUCUCAUUGCAAAAAAUUCACCGUGCGUUUUAACACCAGUAUUGAGGCACAAAAAAUGCCUACUUGUAUUUCAAAACAUCCCUAUUUCUGUAGGUUUAUUUAUCGCAUGCACUGUAUUUAUUUGCAGAAAGUAUUCAUAGCGACUGCUGAAAGUUAUUUUAUUUCCUUCUGUACUUGGAAAGAGCGGGCAGAGAAGGGGGGGGGGGGGUGAGAGUCUUAAUUAAAAAAAGAACAGCAAAUGCCCAAUUAUACACCCGUUCGCAGGAAUUCAAUGACGAUAAACUCGGAGAUGCGGAAACCUCAGCAUGAUAGCCUGUGCCGUCAUAAAUAUUUCUAAAGUGGCAUUCCAGCAUUUGUCGCACGCUCCAACAUGACAUAAAGAAGGUGAAGGAAUAACAAGGCAGCGGACUCUCUUCGUACAAGUACUACUGCAAAAGUGUUUCAUCGAAAUGCUGCCCAUUACCCAAAGUGCAUUGUUGGUCCAAUACGGCACUUGUUAUGCUAGGAGAUGUUCAUGUAAGCAAGCCACACAUCGGUGAAUGUUAUAGUUUGUCGCAUAUAGGAGCCCCUGUGACGUGAUCAGCCCAUUCGUUCGUUUUUUCUUUUAUUUUUUAUUUUAUUUUUUGGUUGGGGGAAGGAAUGGGGGCACUGCAAUCUACGUGCCCUUCAGCCCUGUUGCUUUUUCAUUUCAACUUUCUUCAACACUAAUAUCCGUCUAUCUAAUAUCUUAUUUUAUUAGGUAAGUAUCAUUGCUGCGUCAGCGGAGUUUUGUGUCGCUAGCAAAUAGCAUGAUACAUUAAUUAUCGUACACUUUACGGCUUAAAUGAUGGCAUAACGUCCUUAAUAUUUCAUUGCAGUACUCCGAGGCAGCGAAGUCAUGAAUGUCUCUUUGAUCCAGCUUUUUCAUUAUUAUUUUUUGUGCACAUGACGCAAGUUGUUCGAAAGUUCUCGACGCUUUCACACUCAGUGCUACCCGAACAGCGAGAAUGUAAAAGCAAGAGGAACUUAUAUACCGCCUUUGCUUUCUGUUAUUUACAUGAUUUAGUGGUCACUAAUAUCACUGCCAUUAUUCUUUUCGAUUUGUAGACUAAGGAUGAAACAAUUAAGCAGAUGUGCCGGCGAACAAUUUUGAUUGUGUGCCCUAAUCAUGCAAGUGCGAGAAAAACACCUCGCUUGCUUGUGCUUCUGUUGGCUGUAGAGUUUGUGAACGAGUAGCUUGGCACAUCGCCGGCGACAGUAGCCGGUGAAAAGUAAUAGGGUGUCAAGUGCACGGGUGCCUUCUUUUCUCCCAGCAGAUUCUGAGAUCAUCUACAUAACAUAAUUCCGCUCUAUCACUUGAGUUGGAUGAAUGGGCUGGCUGAAUUUUCCGGGCAAGCUAGAACUAUUAUAUAGACGAGUCGAAUAAUUUCACCAAUAGCACUUUAAACACAGAGUUUUGGUGAUGUGUCACCAUUGCGAAUGCAGAGCCGUAGGAGCCUAUCAUGCUUCAAGUUCAUUCUAUUUUGCGAAGGCCUUGUGGUGUGAUCGGACGUCGAGAUAGCCGCAGCCAAAUUCCGUGUCCCAAGGUCAGCUUCGUUUCCCAAAUAAUUGGGCUGCAUGCCUUCAGAGAUUCGUGUAAUAAGCACGCUAUAUUGUAGAGUUAGCGGGGGAAAUUGCGAGCGGCAUGCCACAGGUGGCAGAACGCGCCAGCAUUGGCGUGGCCACACUGGCGGGCGUCUUUGCCGCCGCGGCAAGCAAGUCAUUCGCUAUCAGCUGGAUUCAGUGCGGCUUUAAUCAUCUGUGCUGAAAGAGGGGGCGAUAUUUCCUUGCAGCGCUUGCCCACGUGAAUGAAUCGGCCGCUCCUCAGUGGUCUCCCCGAUCGGCGGCGAGCGGCCUGCCGCAAAAACGGCUCCAAGACCCAUGCGCUCCGCGGUAGGAAAAUGUUGCCGCUCGCCUGAUUUCGCGGCACGCGUUCUGCCGCCGGCGGUGUGUCGCGCGCAUUUUUUCCGCCAGUGUGAACCGAGGCACGCGACUUCGCCUUUCCGGCGCGAAUGCUCAGAGUGGCCUAUCAGCCGUCGGGAUAUAAGAGCAAGAAUUCGCCACCUCGUCAAGUCGAGGUGGGGCAAGGAGACUGUCUGGUUUCUUUUGAAUUCGUAAAUAGUUGCCCAACCUGCACCGCAUUUUCUGACGAUCCGCUUCAUUUUCCGCUCCUGCCAACCGUUGCACGAAGUGUCCGAUUCUCGCGAUAACAAUGCCACGGCGACGUCGAAGCCAUAGACUAAAAGUUAAAAGAACGAAAAAUUAAUUGUACGAGUAGAAAACACGGCCUUUGGGUUCUCUGUUGAACGCAUUCCGUUAUCUGUUCUCACCCGUCGCGCGGAUGGGCCCAUUGCUGCGAUAGCGGAGGCCUCUCUGCAUCCGAGCCAAUGACGUAGGACGAAAAAAAAAAAUGAAAAAGUAAAUGAAUGGUUGCAAAAUGUGGUCCCUAAUAGUGUUUUUUUUUUUAAUCGGAACGGUUGAAGCUCGUGCAUCGCAAGGAAUAUUUUAGCCAUUUAUUUGGCCUUGGGAGAUAGUUGAAUGCACCUGUGGCACUUGAAAUAUGCACUAAACUAUUAAGGAAUUGUAUGAUUGCAUGAAUGAUGGAUGAAUCGAAAACUGAAUAAUGAAAAAGUUGAAUGACGAAAACAUUGAAGGUUUAUUAGCAAUGCGUAACCGAUUGCCGCGUUUAGAAUCGUUGGUUGUAUUUGCCCGCCUAUAAAUGUCGCGUUAUGGAACUGCAUCGUAUGUCAUUAGCGACUUUCUAAAGAUAAGUCAUAAUUAAUUGAUUAUCAGCCUUUAUAAGAAACGUGUGGCUCUAAGUUUCACAAGUGAAACAUUAGUUUUUCCCCAGUAAUAUACAAGUAUUCUAGCUCUGCAAGCACUGUUGAGGCGUAGUGGUAUGUUCCUCUAGGAGAUAAAAAGAAACAAUAAAAUGGAGGCUCCAAAACCUCAAGCUUAAGGAAAUGUAUAGACACACCAGUGCGCCUACAUUUCCUGUUUCGCCCAUGUUUCUAAAAGUGCAAAAUAAUAACAUGGGCUACUGCAGUCUUCGCGAGUCACGCGUCAUUCAGUGCAAACGACCCGGUUGUUCGCGUUUAAAGUGUCCAAUGCCUAUUUCCUUUUUUUUGCUCUUAAUCUUUCUGAGUAACGCAUCGGUUACUGAGUAAUGCAUAGUUGAAACUAUCGGGGCAUUUUUUUUUUUCACUUUUGGAUGUUCAUAGCUGAGAGAAGCAACAUUGACUACGUCGUGCUCAACGCACAAAAGCCGGGAUAAACGACUUUCUUUUUUUUUUUAACGUCGCAUUCAACACACUAUAAUCUGUUUGUGCUCAUGAGCCAAUAUGUUAACUGUCUCAAUUUCUGGUCGAAAGCGAUGUUUUUCUGUGUUCGCUGAAAUAAAGCUCAAAGACCAAGUGCUUCACUGUGACAUA